AUGUCUCUCUCUAGAGUCAAGCAUAUUGUUUUGAUUUUGUCAGGCAAAGGUGGCGUGGGCAAAUCGUCAGUCACGACGCAGCUGGCUCUGUCUCUUUCUCUUGCUGGUUAUUCUGUUGGCGUUCUUGAUGUCGAUCUCACUGGACCUUCCAUGCCGCGCAUGUUUGGAAUAGAAGGCGCCAAAGUUACCCAAACUGCUGGAGGCUGGCUGCCGGUUCUCGUGCACGAGGCAAAUCCUUCCAAGGGUGUUGGUUCAUUGCGCGCUAUCAGCCUGGGCUUCCUCCUUCCAAAAAGAGGCGAUGCAGUGGUCUGGAGAGGCCCAAAGAAGACAGCCAUGGUACGGCAGUUUUUGAGUGAUGUCUUCUGGGGCGAAACAGACUACCUGUUGAUUGAUACCCCCCCUGGAACGAGCGACGAGCAUAUCUCCCUCGCGGAGACCCUUUUGCUCAGUACAACACCGGGACAGGUGGCCGGAGCUGUAGUCGUCACAACGCCUCAGGCCGUGGCGACAGCAGAUGUGCGGAAGGAGCUGAACUUUUGCGCAAAGACGGGCCUGCAUAUCCUGGGCGUGGUAGAAAACAUGAGCGGAUUUGUCUGCCCCAACUGCUCAGAAUGUACCGACAUAUUCAUGAGUGGAGGCGGAAAGACGAUGGCAGAUGAUUUUCGGGUACCGUUUCUCGGAAACGUGCCCAUUGAUCCGCAGUUUCUCAUGCUCGUAGAGUCUGGACGGGUGCCACAGUACCCAGCAGGGACAGAAGUGCUCGGAACGGACUUUUCAUCCGGCGAAACUCAUGAGGCCGGAAACGUCAGCGAGAAUGGUGGUCAAGCCAAUCGCGACAGAAGUGGUAGCGGCAGCGUUAGUAGGCGCAAGAAGGCAAUCUCGAUGAACGCGCAAUAG